UUUGGCCCCUGAGCUCUCAGUUGUAAUUCUGAUCUGUUAACAUGCUCAUCUGACCCUGCAGGUGACAGGUGAAUUACUGUAGCUGCUUUCUGAUCGCCUCUACGCACCUGAGCAACGGGGAACAAGAGGGGAAAGGCACAAGCUUGUGGAUUUUCAGGACUUUGAUGACAACUUUCAGAAACAUUUAGGCUCUGACUCUUUUAAACUGCUUGUUAAUGAUUAGCAUUUAAGUGGAUGAAGGACUUUCUUGGAAAGAACAUUUAUUUUCAUUUAGUGUGUAUCGGGAAGUUGUACCCAGUGUUUGCUCUUCGUACAUUGUGAAUUUUUUAAAAACAACUUUAUUAGCUUAUUAAGUAGCUCAUGUUCAUUGGUGAGCUGAUUCUUUAAUCAAAAUUAGCUAUACAAUGAUGGACAGACUCCAUUCUGGACAGUUCAGGGGACAAAGAAUACAGGACCUAAAGGCAUCUUGACCAGUGGAUAACUUUGGACCAUCCAGAAGUUAUUAUUUGGACUUUUUUUUUUUUUUUGGCCAAUCUAAAGUUUUUUUUUUCAGCAAAUCAACUAUAUAAUGGAAGGACAGCACAACUUGGUGACUUCAUUAUGGCUACUUGCACUGCAGUGGUGUCUGCUGCUUCUACCACUGACAGAAAGUGUGACCGUCGUGCCAUGGAAACCCUGUACAGAUCUCCAUCCAGUGGACCUGCUGUCUCGGGUUCUGCCCCAUAACGGAGAGGCUCUGGCUGGGGUCCGUAUGGUGCAGGAGGGAGGUGCUCGUGGAGUCCAGCUCUUCAAACCUACGCAGGAACUCACCUUUCCAUCUUCUCAGCUCUUUAUCAACUGCGCUCACUUCCCUGCAGAAUUCUCCAUAGUGGCCACUCUUAAAGUGCCUCAAACCAGAGUGAAGAAGAAUGAAUACUUGCUUGCUGUGGUGAAGGAAGAUGUCGAUCAACUCCUGCUCGGCCUGCGUUUCUCUAAAGACAAAGUCCAUCUCAUCUAUCGGGGCUCAAUGGGGCUGGAGCGUCUCAGCUUUAAAAGAAUACGCCUGGCGGACAACCACUGGCACAGCAUGGUAUUAGCUAUCAGUGGCCACCAUGCCACCCUCACCCUAGACUGCGGCAUCCCACUGGAACUGGUCCAUAAACAGCCAUUUCCCUCUGAUCUCAGCACCGAUGGCUCCAGGUUCCACAUUGGAAGUCGAAGGAAGUUGAAAGGCCUGUUCUCUGGAUUACUGCGCCAGCUCGUCCUUUUACCUGGAUCGGAUGCGACGUCACGUGUUUGCCCCUCCUCCAAACCGUCACUGGUUGAGCUUUCUGUCCCUACGAUUCUGUCAAACUUGCCAGUGAAAUACCACAUGAAUGAUGUCCUGCUCCCUCCAUAUGAGACGGAGGUCCGUGUGACUCUGGGGUCUAAACCAGCAUGCACUGCGGCAGAGCAGGGACAACUCUGGUUUGACACUCUUAAAAGGGGCCUCUUCCUAUGUGAUGGUGCAUACUGGCACUCUAUGCUGCAAGAUAAAGACAGACUAGACUAUGUAGAUGAUCACCAGGACCUCUACACCACCUCAGAGACACAGGACAUCGAGCUUUUCCAGAUUCCCUCUGUUGGGAUGUUUGCUGCUAUGGCCCAUCGGGCCACCAAACCAGGCUCUGCCAUCUACCGCUGGACGCAUGGCCACUUCCAGCUCUACCAGAACAUCAGCACCUUCAAGGCCCAGGCAUGGAAGCAAUUCACGAUAGGGAGGAAGAUGUUCUUGGCGGUGUCGAACUCCAUGGGCCCAGCGGACGGAAAGCAAGAGCUGUCUGUGAUCUAUAGAUGGAGUAAUAAGAGGCUGAAGUUUUUGAGAUAUCAGACCCUGGAGACGCACAGCGCUCGUGACUGGGAAGCCUUUCAUAUUAAUAAUGAAGCUUUUUUGGCUGUGGCCAAUCAUCGAACAGAUAACGGGAAUCACAACAUUAACAGUGUCGUUUAUAAGUGGAACCCAGGCACCAAGACGUUUGAGGUGAACCAGACCAUCUCGACAUCAGGAGCAUAUGACUGGGAGUUUUUCACCGUAGGGCCCUACCACUUCCUAGCAGUGGCCAAUGCAUUUGAUGGCAUCUCCACCCAAACAGAUUCAUCAAUCUAUAUCUGGCUUGGUGGAGCCUUUCAGCUCUUUCAGACUAUAAGGACAUUUGGGGCUACAGACUGGGAAAUGUUUCAGAUUGGAAACAGAGUCUUCCUCGCUGUUGCUAAUGGACACAUGCUGUGUGAGAGAGGACCAAGCCUCUAUACCAUCAACUCAACUAUAUAUGAACUUGAUAUAACAACCAAGAUGUUCCUCAAGUUCCAAGACAUUGUAACAUACAGUGCGGUGGACUGGGAAUUCUUUUCGCUUGGAGAUGAGCACUUUUUAGUUGUAGCAAACUCUUAUGAUGGAUCGUCUUACUCUUUGAACAGUGUUAUAUACAGAUGGCAGGGAUAUGAAGGUUUUGUCCCUGUCCAUCGGUUACCUACUAUAGGGUGCAGUGACUGGGAGUUCUUUACGUCAACAGAGGGUUCAUACCUGAUGUACUCCAGUGCCAAAACACCUCUUUCCAAAGUCUUCAAGCUGAGGAUUCACUGAGGGCACAAAUGGUUGUUCAGCUUUUUCAUAUUUUGAUAGGAUUUCAUAUUUUUCUAUGACACUUUCAUGGGAAACUUUUUAAUGUCAGAAAAGUCAAUCAUCUGGCAGGAGGUGGAAUCUGGAGUUUGAUACUUCCUGAAAACUAGGCUACCUCAUCUACAUAAAAAAACUGUCAAGAUGCGAGAAAAAAACUCAGUGGUGAAUCUCAUUUGUGUUCUAAAAUCAUGCAGUUUAAAAUUAUAUUUUGGUUCAGCAAAGACUAUUCUAUUUCAAGAAAUGAACAUUUGUGCACAUUGAACAUCCCUCAAAUCAAAGUGUAAUGAGGGAGCAGAACAUUUAGACUGUGUAACUUCUAUUUACAAUACACAGUACUUUCCAUGAAUAGCUCAUUUGUGGAAAGUGUCAUGUUUUAAAGAUCAUAUCAAUAAUGUAAAAUAGUGUAAUAAAUAAUGUUAUUUAUAUGUAUAAUAUUUGGAUUUUACCUCUUGUUCUUUGCACUACAAUUAAUUGAUUUUUCUUUUUUCAAUAAACUGUAUGCUCAUGUUUUUAAGUUAUA